AUGUCGAAGUCCAUUUCAUUCGGUUUUGGCAAGCAAAAGCCCGCCACGCCCGUUCAGGGUGGAGGCCUGCUUGCUCGGAGACAUGUCGCCUCGAAUGGCCCUUCGCGAACUGCGCUCUGCCAUGAUUCAGACUACGAAGAUGAGGAAGAACCUAGGCACGAGUCAGUCACUGGCUUUUCGUCAAGUGGUGCUGUUCUAAGUCAACCUGUACAGGAAUCGAAAGAGUUAGUCAUUAAAAAUACCGGCAACAGUGACUGGCGCAGGCGAGGACACAAAAACAUUCUUCCUGCAGGUGUUCAAGCACGGCAAGCAGCCGGUGGUGUUGUCGUGAUCGAAAGAGAUGAAGUCAGCACGGCGGGUGGACUUCAGUUUGCACAAAAUGGGGGCGAAACGAAAGAGCCGGAAACGAAUGGUAAACAGCAACCUACAACGACUGAGCUGGAGGAGAAACCACGGAAAGAGUUAACAGCAGAUGAGGAGGCUUUGCAGGCCCUUUUGGAUGAUAGGCCUGACAAGCCAAAGUCGAAGGCGGUCAUCGGUCAACAAGGAAAUACGCAACUCUCGUCUCGCGACGAGAUCGAAGACUUCCGAGACGACGUGGCGUCAAGACCAGAUUCCAGUACCUUAGAAGAAUAUGCCGCUAUGCCUGUGGAAGAGUUCGGUAUGGCCAUGCUAAGAGGCAUGGGGCAGAAACGUCGUGCCAACGGCGAGGUCAUCAACUUGAUCUCGGCAUCAGAUGGCAACCCGCGAAAGCUGCGGAAACAAGAAGGGUUUCUUGGGAUUGGUGCAAAAGCCGCACCUGGAACCGACAUAGAAUUGGGCGCCUGGGGUAAGACCGAAAUGCGCAAGAACAACAAGGGCCAGGGCUUCUUCACCCCGCUGAUGCGAGAGAACAAAGCGACAGGAGAAAGAAUAUCUGAGGAAGAGUUGCAGAGACGAAUCAAGGAGUCCAAAGGAACCAAGGAUGAAGAGGAUUGGCGAAAACGACGAGACCGCAAUCUCGAGAGCGACGGUCGAGAUCGUGACCGUGAUCGCGACCGUGAUCGAAGAGGCCUAACUAAUGGAAACGACGAUUAUCGCGACCAAAUGAACUCUUUCUCUCGGUCUCGCUCGUCCAAACGAGACCGGGAUGAUCGGGAAUACUCUCGAUCGAAGAGGGACAAGGAUGACCGUGACUACGAUCGUGACUAUGACCAUUCGAGGUCGAGGCGGGAAGAGAAUAGAAGAAGGCAGGAAGACGGCGACUACGAUAGCCGUCAUCGGAACAAGCAUCGAGACCGCUACCGGGACGAAGACAGGUAUGAUUCGAGUCCCUCUUAUCGAAAUCGCAGAAAUCGUGAUAAAGAUAUGGACAGGGACAGCGAUCACCAUCAUCGGGACAGAAGAUGA